GAAAGUACAGCUUCAAGGACUGAGGAAGAAGGAACUAAAAGUCAACGAACUCAUGGUCAUGAAGGUGAAUAGAAAUCCCAACCUGGUCAACUGUUUAGACAGCUACCUUGUGGGUGAGGAACUGUCCCUGGUUAUGGAGUACAUGGAUGGAGGCACUCUGAGCAAUGUCAUCAGCCAGACCUACCUGUCGGAAGAUGAGAUGGCAGCCAUCAGUCGGGAGUGCCUGCAAGGACUGGAUUUUCUUCAUUCAAACCAUGUCAUCCACCAAGAUGUGAAGAGCAGCAACAUCCUUCUCAGAACUGACGGUUCUGUCAAGCUGGGUCAGUAUAUUCUUGGUCAGGUGCAGCGUUCCAGGGAUGUGGGUGUGGGGCUGCUUGGAGUGACUGCCAGCUCCCCAAAAAUGGUGCUGGUGGCAGUGCAGGGACCCCUGCUGUGAGCUGAGGGCACAGUUGCAACGUGCACAGAGGUAUAAGGAACCACAAGCAGUCAAG